CGGCUCCGCGCCGCUCAGCCCGGGCGGGCCGGGGUGUUAUUUCCUCCGCCGUGCGGGGCCGUGCGGGGCCGGGAUGGGGCAGUAGCGGCCAUGGAGCGGGCCGAGAGCCGGCCCGGCGCCCCCCAGUACGUGCAUGUGCAGCUGCAGGGGGGCGCGCCCUGGGGCUUCACGCUGCGCGGCGGGCUGGAGCACGGCGAGCCCCUCAUCGUGUCCAAGGUAGAGGAGGGGGGCAAGGCUGCGCUGUCCCACCGGCUGCAGCCGGGUGACGAACUGGUGAACAUCAGCGGGACGCCACUUUACGGGUCUCGCCAGGAGGCCUUGAUCCUCAUCAAGGGCUCCUACCGCACCCUGAAGAUGAUCGUCCGCAGGAGGAGCGUGCCCAUCCUCCGGCCCCACUCCUGGCACGUGGCCAAGCUCGCCGAGAGCCGCCCCGAUGCCCCUGCCAUGCACUGCCCUGCAGACACCUUCAGCCUCUCCUGGCCCUCGGGGUGUGAUGUCAGUGAGCUGUCCCUGCAGUGGAACCCACUGUCCCGGCACUGCAGCACUGACCGGAGCAGCUCCAUCGGGAGCAUGGAGAGCCUGGACCAGCCUGGCCAGGCCUACUAUGAAGGGGACCCCUCACCCGUUGACCAGGGCAUGUACCACAGCAAGAGGGACUCGGCCUACAGCUCCUUUUCCGCCAGCUCCAUCGCCUCGGACUGUGCCCUCUCGCUCCGCCCUGAGGAGGCCGCCUCUGUUGACUCCAGCCUCCAAGCCCCCUCCAAGCCCCCCGACGGGCGCUACCUGACCACAGGGGCUGAGCCGCCCAGCAGCCGGCACCCAGAGGCCUGGCGGGCGCCUGUGCCCCCCCAACCCCCUGUGAGGAGGGACAGCCUGCGGGCAGCCCCAGCUGGUGGAGGGGACCGGUGUCGGACCGUGGUGUCAGCAGAUAUGCUGCAUGCCAAGGGCCGGUGGAUCUCUGACACCUUCCUCUGCCAGCGGGAUGGGGAGGCAGAGGCAGCAGGCAGUAGGACACCGGUGCCAUACCCCAUGAAGGACCGUCUCUCUGCCGACCAGUAUUACAUGCUGAGCUCCCACCUGGACCGGUGCGCAACCGAGCUGCUUGUGGGGGAGAGUGUGGAGCCUAGCAAUCGGCUGUACCCGGAUGGCAGUGCGCACCGAGUGCCAGAUGCUGCGGCAGCAGGUGACAACCCUCUGCUGUCCCCACUCAAGGGCCACAUGCUGCACCGGCACAGUGCUCCUGAGCAGCUCUUGGCCUCCCAGCUCCGCUCCCUUCAGAUGGGCACCGGCAGCGGGCGAGCCUCGCUGGCGCCCGACGGGCACCGCUGGACUCUCUCCCCGCUGCAGCCCGAGGGCAGCCGGCCAGGGGCUACCCAGGACCCCCAGCUCUGCCCAGAGUCGUGCUGCCGCCUCCCGCCGUGCCGCUGCUGCCCGGAGCUGCAGCGAGCCUGCGGGCAGGACGGGCCGGGGGCCAGCCCUGCGCGCAGCACGGAGGGGCCGGGGGAAGAGGAGAGCCGGGGGGGGGGCCGGCGGGCCGGGGUUCCUCUUCACCGCUCCUCUCAGAUGCGCCGCCGCAGCGACCGCUUCGCCACCAGCCUGCGCAACGAGAUCCAGCGGCGCAAGGCCCAGCUGCAGAAGAGCCGCGGUCCCGGCGCCCCCCCGCCCGGCGAGGAGCCUGUGGAGGAGGCGGAGGAGCCCCCCGAGGGCAGCGUGCCGGCGGAGGGACCCCGCGCCCCGCCGGAGCGACUCAGCCCCGCGCCGAGCGAGGGCGGCAGGAGCCCGGACCGCUCGGGGGACCGGAGCAUCCCCACCCCUGACCCGCCGCCGGUCUCCAAAGAGUCCCCGUCUCCCGAGCGGCUGGUGCCGACAGGCCGGGGCCACUGGCGCUGGUCCCCCGAGCGCAAGUUGCCGCUACGGCACUCGCCAAGCCUCGGCGAGCUGGAGGGCUACGGGCAGGGCCCGGCAGCCCCCGGCUCCCCACCACGGGGCGGGGAUGAGGCCAUCCUCCUGCCCUUCGCUGACCGCCGCCGGUUCUUCGAGGAAAGCAGCCGGCCGGCGCCGCCCCGGCACGGCAAAUCUGCGGCGGGUGAGCCCGGUGCCUUCCAGCCCUCCGGCCCCGACCGCCGAGACCCUCGCCGUCUCUCCGUGGACCAGCCCUACAGCCCUCCCUCGCCCGGCCACCCUGGCUCUGCCGGCCCCUACGCUGAGUGCUGCCGGGAGAAGCCUCCCUGCUACAAGCCGUUGGGGAGGCCGGAGCUGGAGUACGUGCGGGGCUUCUCCUACCCCUACGGGGUCCCGAUGCGUCCUGAGCCCUGCCGCUACUGCGGGGGGGACCCGUGCCCCCCGCCGCUGCCCCGUGGCCACACCUGCCGCUGCCACCUCCAGCCGUGGGCACGCUGCCCCGACUGCUGCUGCCCGGCGCCGCGCCCCGGGCGGGAGGAGAGCGACGCCUGGCCCCCCCGGAGAGCCUUUGCCCCGGAAUUUCCUCUGGAUGAGUGGGAACCACCAGCAAUAACCAGGAAAGCCAGCCAGUCCAACAGUGAGCUCACCCACUACCAACUGGGCUUCCCAAGGCUCGGCCCCUUCCACCCCUGCUUCAAGAGCAGCACUGAGCCAGAGUGGCUGCCCUGCUACCGAGCCACGUCUACUCAUGAUCUCUCAUGGGAUGGUGACCGCCUGGCCCGCUCUCCCGAGAGCCCUCCAGACCCCCUGCACCGCCCGCUGCGAGGCAGAGCCUUCUCUGAGAGCCACCUCAACCUGGAGCCUGCCAGCCCCCGGGGCCGCAACCAGAGGGGCCUGCUCCAUGCUAAGCUGGACCCUGCUAGCAUUCCCAAAAAGAAGGGUCCUCCGCCUCCCCGCCCACCGCCCCCCAACUGGGAGAAGUACAGGCAGCGCCGGACAUUCCAGUGCCUGCGGGAUGGUUCCGGGCACAGCUCUGCCUUCACCGCUGCCCCAGUGCUGCCCUGCAGCAUCACUGAGGCUGCACGCGAGCGCUCGCAGAGCCUCACCGGGGAGCAGGGGGGCCGAUCCUGGGGGCUUGCUGCCCGCCCCCCUGCCCCGCCAGGUACCUGGACCCAGUCUGAGCCUCCCAGAUCACUCCACAAGAUGCCUGGGCCCGAUGCUGAGAUUUGCAGGGCGGCAGAGGUCAGGGAGGAGCGGCUGAAGGCAAAGCACCCCUGGGAGGUGGAGGAGCAGCCCAAAAGGCUCAGCCGGAAUCAGGAGCGGGGCUGGGUCAGCCCCCGGAGGGUGGGUGAGUGUUCCCUGCCCCUGCAUGAUGGCUCCAGCCCUACCACCCUGGAGGCUCCCAAACCCACCCCUGGAGUGACAGAGGGGGCGAGCUGCCAGGGGAACCAGCCCCAGCCCCGCCGCGUGGACUCGGAGGAGCUGCUGUGGGAUGUGGCAGGCAGAGACCACUCUCUGGGUAGCAUCCUGGCCCCCUCAGCCCCUCCUGGCACAACCACCAAGGUGGUGGGUGAGCUACCGGUGACGGGGCAGCGGCAGACCUGGCGGGAGCGUUUCCAGCAGGACUGGCAUGUGGAGACCCUGGCGCAGGACAGGCAGGGCUUUGAGCCCAUCUCACCACCCCCUGCAAGCGCUGCCAGCUCCGCCUCCUACCCGGUGUAUUAUGGCUCAGGAGCAGGCAAAGCCGAGCUACUCGGCAAGGUGAAGGAGCUGCCGGACAUGGUGGAGGGGAGCUCCGAGGAGGAGGAGGAGGUGGACCAUGAGCUGGUGGAAAAGAAGCUGCAGCUGAUAGAGAGCCUGAGCCGCAAGCUGGCGGUGCUGCGGGAGGCGCAGCGGGGACUGCAGGAGGACAUCAGCGCCAACGGGGCACUGGGCGAGGAUGUGGCUGCGCGCCUGCAGGCCCUCUGCACCCCAGGGGAGUUCGACAAGUACCGCCUCUUUGUGGGCGACCUGGACAAGGUGGUCAACCUCCUGCUGUCCAUCUCAGGGCGCCUGGCCCGGGUGGAGAGUGCCCUGGGCAGCCUGGGGCCGCAUGCCCCUGCUGAGGACAAGGUGGCCUUGCGGGAGAAGCAGCAGCUGCUGGUGGCACAGCUGGAGGAUGCCAAGGAGCUGAAGGAGCACGUGGGGCGGCGGGAGGAGGCAGUGGGUGCCAUGGUGGCGCGGUACCUGCCCGCCGAGCACCUCCAGGACUACCAGCACUUCGUCAAGAUGAAGUCAGCCCUCAUUGCUGAGCAGCGGGAGCUGGAGGAGAAGAUCAAGCUGGGUCAGGAGCAGCUCCGGUGCCUGCGUGAGAGCCUCGGCCAGGGCCCCAAGGGCUGCUAGCCGCCAGCCCAGCCUCCUCCCCCGGGCACUGGCCCCAGCUUGCUGCCAAAGCGGAUCUGGCCCCUCGGGGGCUGUCCCUGCAUCUGUCCGUCUGCUAGCCCCUGCCUUUUAUUUAUUUUUCCAGUUUACGAAGCAGGGGAGCUGGUGCCAGCCCAGGCGCUCGCAGGGGAGUGUGUGUGUGUGUGCCUCUGAGCUGCUCUGGGCUCUGUGGCCACCCAGCACCCUGUGGCCCAGCAGGACCAAAUGGACAGAUCCUGGCCCCCCACGGGGGGCUCCCUCUGCCUUGUCUGGGACAUCAGUGCCUGUCCCAUGGCUGGUGCUGCACCGUGUGCCUUAAACAUCCUCCCAAGGUGCCCCUGGGCAUAUGCAUGCAGUGCCUGGAAGGGUUAAACUGUCCUUAUUCUCCCUCCAUUAUGUCUGUUUGUCCGGCUCUGUCCAUCUGUCCGGUGGGAGCUGGAGGAAUUUUGGCCCCCCCGGCAUCCUCCUUCCUCUCCAUUGUGUCCAAAACAAUAGCCCUGGCCAGCAGGUCCUUAACCCGCUCCCCGCUGGCCUGAGGCACUGUGGGUGGCCAAGGCGGGUGCUAGUGGGUGCAGUGCACCCCUGACCUCGGGGACACUGCAGCGGGUGCCCUUGGAAUGGUGCUGUGCCAGGGGCUGCAGGUAUCCGCUGCCACCAGUGCUGUGGGUGCAGUGGCUACCUGGCCUCACCCAGCCCUUGCUUCCAGCCUCUGCUCUGCACCAGCAGGGAUUAAUAGAGGAAAAAACACACUGACGAUGAAGGGGGGACCUGUCCCCCUGCUCUGUGCUGCAGCAACCCCAAGGAGCGCUUGGACCUCGCCCUGGGUCACCCCUGCCCUGCUACUGCCUGUCUAUCCCCAUGGGAUGGUCAGGUGCCUUGAUCCUGAUUUUGCACAGGGGUUUCAUGCGACCAACAGCAGCUUGGGGCGGGGGAGGAGAGAGGUGGGGAAAGAAGCGUUUAGGAGACGCAGGGUGGCCCACAGCCCCUUUCGGCGUGGCCGCAACUGGGCAGCCCAGCCCCAGGGUGCAGGCAGUGCCCGUGCUUGCCUGCUCUGCGCUGCAGCAGUCCUCCAUGUCCCCCCCGCCCAUCGAAAACUGCUCCCCGCACUUACUCGAGUGCGGUUCCCAUCGCAGCGCCCCCCUCCCCGUGCCUGCCCUGGGACACUGCUAGGACCAAAGAGAGCACCCGCUGGGCACUGGGACUGUGCUGCUCUCGGGGGGAACAGGGACCCUCCCCAGGUCACCGCGCCGGGGCGGUGCCGGUGUCGGUGCCUUGCCGCGUUCCGUCGUGCCUCAGAGUAAAGGAGCAGCCGUAACUGCACAAC